AUGAUUUGUACAUUGAGUCAUAAUGAUAUAAAUGAUGAUCCAUUUAGUAAUAAAAAUAUUCUAUUGAAUUGUGUGUCACAUGCUCAAAAUGAUAUGGAUAAAUUUGCUGAUCUAAAUAUUGAAAAACUACAAUGUCUAAAAACUACUCAAACAGUUGCUUUAUUACAUUUUAUUCAUAGUCAAGAAGAAAAAAAACUUCUUCAACAAACUGGAUCAGAUGAAGAAAAAACUCUUAUUUCAAGAUUAACAGCUGCAUUUCUGCCAUUAUAUAGAUAUGCCGUUGAUAUUGUUUCUAGUAAACGAGAUUUAGUUAUACAUGGAGAAGGAAAAUGUCGUUCAUUUUUCCAAUUAUUUAAACUUGAGAGUGGUGAUGAUGAUGUUAAUUAUCAAUUGUAUAGAUCAGAAUUGAAUGCAUCUCAAGGUGAUCUCAUUUAUGAACAAAUCAGAUUAUUUGCAUAG